AUGUCACCACCCGAGAUCUUCGACAUAGUCGUCUACGGCUCGACCUCCGGCGCCGUAGCCACCGCCGUCCAGGCCUCGCGACUCGGACGCUCCGUGGCGCUGGUCUCACCGCAGGAACACAUUGGCGGCAUCCAAGUCAACGGCCUCGGCGCAACAGACAUCGACAACCAGGCCGAGUUCCAGAACAGCACCACCCUCGGCGGUCUCAACCUCGAGCUGCACCAGAGAAUCAGCCGGCACUACGGCCGCCUGGACCGCCUGAACCAAGUCGUGGAGGGGAAGCUCAAGGACCCCGACGUGUGGCGGUUCGAGGCCAGGGUCGCCGAGCAGGUCAUCAGGGACUGGUUAGCCGAGAACCCGUCCGUGACGAUCAUCAAGUCUCGCCUCGUUGAGAAGAACGCAGUCGUCAAGGACGGGACGACCAUCAAGGCGAUCCGUCUCGAGAACGGGCAGAGUAUCUCCGGCAAGAUCUUCGUCGAAGCCUCUUACGAGGGCGACCUCCUCGCCGCGUCCCGCAUAACCUGGACCCUCGGCCGCGAGUCCUCCGCCACAUACUCCGAGUCCCUCGCCGGCGUGCGCGCGGAGACGCUCUACCGCCAGAUCGACGUCGACAUCGACCCGUACCUCACGCCCGGCGACACCUCCAGCGGUCUGCUGUACGGCAUCUCGCCGGAGCCGUUCGGGCAGCCCGGCGCCGGGGACGCGCAUCUGCAGUCGUACUCGUACCGGCUGCCGCUGACGGACGACCCCGCGAACCGGAUCCCGUUGACGGAGCCCGAGGGGUACGAUCCCGCGCACUUUGAGCUUCACAGGCGUUUCGCGAGGGCCGGCGGGGAGUUUUACGCGCCUAAGAAGAGGUUGCCUGGCGGGAAGACGGAUCUGAUCGGGAGCGAGGGGGCGUUGUCGACGGAUUUGCUGGGGAUGAACGAUGAGUGGCCCGUCGCUUCGUACGAGGGGCGCAAAAGAAUUCUGGAGGAGACGGCAAGGUUCACCAAGGGGUUUCUCUGGUUUCUCGCGACGGACGAGGCCGUACCGGAACCAAUACGCAGAGAGUGGUCUAGAUUCGGCUACUGCCGCGACGAGUUCCCGGACAACGGGCACUUUCCAUACGAGCUCUACGUACGGGAUGCGCGGCGGAUGGUGUCGGAUUACAUCGUCACAGAAGCGACGGCUUCUCAAGACGGGGCCCCGGAGGUUCCGGACCCGGUAGCCGUCGCGUACUGGCCAACGGACACGCACAGCGUGCGGAGGAUCCUUCGGGACGGCCGGGUGCACAACGAGGGCUUCAUUUUCAAGGACGGGCACCGGUGGCGCCCUUUCGGGAUCGCGUACCGCGCGCUGGUGCCGCGGAGGGAGGAGGCGGGGAAUUUGGUCAGCGUAACGUGCCCAAGCUCGUCGCAUGUGGGAUACGGUGCUGUUCGAUUGGAGCAUCAGUUUUACGCGCUUGGCCAAGCGUGUGCGAACGCGUGUGAUAUUGCGCUGGAGAAGGGAGUCGGGAUGCAGGAGGUUCCCUACGAGCCGCUAAGGGAGAGGCUCUUGAAGCAGGGUGUGAUCUUGGAUGCGUCUUCUGUCGGGGUCCCCUCAUUUGGAGACGAAUAA